CGAGCUGGAGAAGCGGACGAGGACGGAGGACAUGACGUAGCCAAAGACAUGAAGGUCCAGCAGCUGAACCAAUGUGUGACGAUCUUGAGCUUUAACCGUCAUACCUGAAAGAAAGGACCUUCCCCAGCAGAACCAAAGUCUUCUGAUACCAAAGCACCACGAGCCAGACUGAAAGGCCAGAGCCUGAAUCUAUCAGCUGAGGUCUAACCGUCUGUGAAGAUGAAGCUGGAGAGCGCCCUGCCGGACAUGAGCGCCUGGAGGGAGGUGGACUUUGCUCUCAGCUGCACCUACAUCGUUCCUGACCAGGCGUCAGACCCCAGCUUCUGCCUGCCCAAAGCCAUGACCUCCAUCCCACGCAACCUCACCUUCCACUACAGCACCGACAACCAGGUGACAGGUGUGUUCAGCAAGGAGUACAUUCCUCAGGGCACUCGCUUCGGCCCCCUGCAGGGAGACCUCUACACCAAAGACAGCGUCCCCAAAGAGGCCAACAGGAAGUACUUCUGGAGGAUUUACAGCGGCGGCCAGCUUCAACACUUCAUCGAUGGCUACGAUGUCCACAAGAGCAACUGGAUGCGUUACGUGAACCCGGCGCGCUGCCUGGCCGAGCAGAACCUGGUGGCCUGCCAGAACGGCCGGGACGUCUUCUUCUACACCAUCCGGCCGGUGGAGCCCAAGCAGGAGCUGCUGGUGUGGUACAGCCAGGAGUUCGCCCAGAGGCUGUGCAGCCAGCAGGAGGACCUCCGACACGACCAGCAUGCCAAACAGCAUCUACCUCAGCAGACGUUUCCUCAGGACAGGACAAAGGAGGAGGUGAGGGAGCAGGAAGACAGCGAGGAGAAGAUUGACGUGGAGAUGUUGGAGCGAGACACUCCUCCUGACACGCCUGACGAGCAAAUAGUGGACUUCAGCAGAAAGAUGGAGAAGGAGGAAGACCCAGAGGGCCGGACCGUCAUUCCCUCCCCCCAGCCUGACCCCAGGGACACCCCCCUGGGCCUGAAUCACCCCUACCUGUCAGAUCAGCACCCUUCUUUCCCAGCCGCACACAGAGGCCUCCCCCUUCACCUCCAUGGCCUCUACAGCCACAGGGAGGGCCUCGUCUCCUCCUACCCGCUCUACUCCCACUCACGACAUCUCCAGCCGCCUUACCAGUUCCUUCCUCCCUACGCGCCUCACUAUCCCCGCCUCGUCCUCCCGUCCUACUCCCCCCCCUUCCCCGCCGUCAUUCCUUCACGAGGACCCCUCCGAUACGGCAGCUACCUGGGGGCCGACGGAGUCCCGUACCCCCCUGUCGCUCCACCCAACCUGCUGCCGGUGUCCCUCCCUUACGCUCCGUCGUCUCAGGGAGGCCUCAAAGAAUUGAUCCCAAACGUUUCACCUCCCAGAGGCGCUCCAGCCACCCCAGAGCUCUCUCCUCUCGCCAAGCCUGACAGCCACCAUCCCACUGAGGAGCAGUCUCCCUCCAGCUGUGAGGAGGCCAUCAAUCUCAGCCUGACCGUCAACAAGAGCGCCACAGCACCAAGGAAUGGACCUGGACACAAAUCCCUGCCUUACCCUCUGAAGAAGCAGAAUGGAAAGAUUAAGUACGAAUGUAACAUCUGCUCCAAGACCUUCGGACAGCUCUCAAACCUGAAGGUCCAUCUGCGAGUGCACAGCGGUGAGAGGCCCUUCCAAUGCAACCUGUGUAAGAAGAGCUUCACGCAGCUGGCCCACCUGCAGAAACAUCACCUGGUCCACACCGGCGAGAAGCCCCAUGAAUGUCAGGUGUGCCACAAACGCUUCAGCAGCACCAGCAACCUGAAGACGCACCUGCGGCUGCACUCAGGGGAGAAACCUUACCAGUGCAAACUGUGCAACACCAAGUUCACCCAGUACAUCCACCUGAAGCUGCACCGCCGCCUCCACAGCAGCCGCGACCGGCCCUACCGCUGCGCGCUCUGCUCCCAGACCUUCUUCCACCGCUUCAGCCUCUUCAUCCACCAGCGCACCUGCUGCCUGGCCAACCCCGCCGCGCCGCUCCACGCGCACGUCAAGGAGACGCUGGAGCGCUUCGACGCCAGCCAGGAGGCCGACACGCUGACAGAAACAGCCUCCGCCUCUCAGCUAGGCGAAGCUGUGGAGCUGUGGCUGGCCCGUACGCUGGAGGGAGAGGGCAAGGAGGACCAGAAGGAGGCUACGGUUCUGCUCCAGGUUCUGACAGCUGCCAUCAACGCACCGGCGGCCCAGUCCGCCGUGCCGCUCUCACACCACAGCCCUGCUUCAGGCUUCCAGGAGAGGGCCAGCGUGGUUCACCUCCACAAACGACCAACAGUGAAGAUGGAGGGACAGUGAGGACGGGUUCCUGGGGGGGGCAUGAAGAUUCACCAAAAAGACAGAUGUGGCCAAAUUUGUUACCAGAGCUGGUUCUGAUCCAACGAGCGCAGUACCAAAAUAAGAGCAUUCCAAAGACUGGGCAAGAGAAUGAUCCUCGUCCAGAGCUGACGUUAAACUGUGAAGUAUUUAAAACGUUGACUCAGGUAGAAAACUGUUUGCUUUGUUGUGCUUUAACUUAUUACGUUGUUGAAUGGAUGCGUUAAUAUUUAUUUAGAUGUCUUAUAGUUUUGUCUUGUUAGUUUUUCUCCUUUAUGUGUUGAGAGAUUUGAUAAGUUUGGCGUUUUGUACACGGACAGAGGAAGAACCAGCAGCGAUGACCUGGGAAGCUGCUCACCGAGACAGAAUGGGUCCACCUGUCGGCACAAAGUCAAUCAUUUAUUUAUUUAAGUAGAAAUGGAAAAACCAUUGCCAAAAUAUGAAUGCGUGCUUCUGUUUUCAGACAGAGCAUUAUUCAACUUUACAGUGAUUACUUGAACAAAACACCAGAUCAGAAAAUCUUCUUACCUUUGACUAAAACUCUUAUUUUGCUGUAAAUGCGUCAGAAGAGAAGCUUGACCCGAACCGGACUUCAGAACCUCACAUUCAGCAGCAGAAGGAGAAAAACAGCAGCCCCUCUUAUAGCUUUCUGAAGAUUGUAGCACUGGAAUAAAACUGUAUGCUUUUGGGUUUUGGACAAAACCUCCAGAACCUUCCUGUAAAAACACUGCUGAUUCUGAAAAGUGCUUCUUUCUUUUAGUUUUUUUGUACAGGCUGGUUUGUAGUUUAUUUUUUUAAAGCAGGUUAUGAGACGUUCAGAAUUUAUACGUGAGAGACUAUUUUGAUGAUACUUUUAUAUUUACCUGAUGUAGCACAUUAAAGAUGUUGUUUCUAUUAAA